UGAAAGACGUAAUAUGUAAAAGCCAGCUUUAUUUUCACUCGAAAUAUAUCAAGUUUCACGCGUUAUUGUUGGGAAAUAUUCGUAGCAUGCAAAGUGGAAAACAGGACAGUUUAUUCUUUCCUAGCCCGCAAAUAGAUAUGAGUGGAAAAUUAAUUAUAAAAGCUCAACUUGGCAAUGAUAUAAGACGAAUUCCAAUUCAUAACGAAGACCUAACUUAUGAUGAUUUGUUACUCAUGAUGCAACGAGUGUUUCGGGGUCAGUUAACGAACUCUGACGAUGUGACAAUAAAAUAUAAAGACGAAGGUAUUACACGUUCAUUUUGUGUGUUUAAACUUUCAAAAUCUGCCAAAUAAUCUUCACUAUUUACUUGUGAAUUUAAAUGUACUUGUCUAUUGUAAUUGUACACAUUAUAAACAAUUUAAUGGACUUCGUUUAUAGAUGGUGACCUGAUUACUAUAUUUGACAGUUCAGAUCUGUCCUAUGCUAAAUCAGUUAGUCGAAUUCUCAGGAUAACUUUAUUUGGUAGGUACAUGGACCGAAAAUUUUAUUGUCAUAUCACAAAAAAUAAUUAUAUCCUGAAUGACAAUUAAGUUGAGGUAAAUGUUGUGAUAGAAGGCUGAGGCAGAGAACAUGUUUUAAUUAAGAUCUUGCUAAUACCUUAUAUCACAAAAAAUCAAAUCUAAUAAUUGUUGAAAGAACAAAUCAAAUGAUAUCAUAAUUUGACUAGCUUUAAUCAAGGAAGUAUUUUUUGCAAUCAAUAUACAAUAUACUAACAUCAGAAUCUGUAUAGUUGCAAUCUGCAUUUGUCUGAUUAUCAAACACCUCAUAUUUACAUCUUGUGUACUACAGUUUUUCCCGUUGCAAACCUGGACCAAUAAGGAAUGCCGAGAUGGCCUUUACUUGACCUCUAGGGAAAAUUAUUUAGAACUAACAGCUAUCCAGUAUAAAUAAAGUUAGUUCAGUUUAAUAUUUUUAACUUGCCAUUUUUGGUAGUGAACCAAUAUCCUCGACCGAUGGAACACAAUAUGGUGAGAGAAUUUCGUAAAGAACUUGCAAACAUCCGAGACAGAAUCAACUUUCUGUUUGACAAACUUGAGUCAGCAGAAACUGAAGCAGACAAAUAUAAAACAGGAAAACAACUUACAGCAAAAACAGGUCCAGUCGCACCUCCGGAGACAGGUAACUCACUGUGUAGUACCAUAGUCGUGGGCAUUUGCAAGUUACUUACGACAUAUUUAUUGUGAUUUAGCAGCUGUGGCUCCUGCUCCAGAGAUCAGUAAACCUGUAGACCCCAAAGUGCGGGUGCAUGCUGCAAUGUUUGAUCCACUUAAUCAACAGUCAAGCCAAAUGGAUAGCAAAGCUGUUGAUCAGUUUGAUCAAAUUGGUAAGGUUCAGAUAGUAUGGCUCGUAUUAUGGUUAUGUUUUUUCAACGCUUGUCAGAUGUUGGUGAUCAUGUAGUUAAAUCUUAUCCUGUCAUCAGUCUUGCAAAACUAGAUGUCCUCAUUCCAUUUCUAAUAUUGCUUCUGGAUAUUUAUUCUUCAGUCUUCCUUUUCAAUUUUCCAUGGGAAGCAGCAUUUCCAACCAAGACCCAUCUUGUUUCAAAAUUUGGCCAGGAAACUUGAGCUGUCUCUGUUUCUUCUCUUCCAUCUUGCUUUUUUUAGUAUCUCCUAAUUUGUCACUAUAUUUACCAUCCAGUGAAUCCUCGUCAUUCUUUGCAGAAACCUCAGCUCCUUCAAGUAUUUCUCGUGUUUUCCUUCUUCUUUGCUUUUGUCAAUGCAUGUAUGUUUUAGAAAUGUAAGACGACAUACCUCUAUUUUUUAGGUAAGCAAGUCAUAUACAAUGGGCAACCAACAAGUGACAUAACUCCAGCAAUAAGUCAGCAAUAUCAAGCGUCAAGUUUAAGCAAUACAACACAAGCACCUUAUCCAAGUAAUAAUCCAGCUUUCAAUCCUUCCCCAAGAUCUACCCCACCUCCCCAGAAAUCUGUACCUAACCAAGUUCCCCCUACCCAGGCCCCACCUACCCAUGUCCAACCUACACAACCAACUAAUUCAGCAUACAACCAAAACAGUUAUGCCCCCACCUCCCAGACAUAUUCCCAAGGGUAUACCUACCAACCCAGCAGUAAUGGCACAGGGGGUGGAGCCCCAAGUGUCUCGGCACCUACACAAUCUUACGCUGGUCCAAACCAGGCCCAGGUGUAUAUUGGCGGAAGUGAAUCAGGUUACCCAUCAGGAGGAUAUGGAAAUACAGGGGGAACCACAGGGACCAAUCCGUAUUCGAGAACUGCUGGUGGGGGAACAUACCCCCAGCAACCCCCUGCAGGGGUAUAUGAUUAUAGCGCAUCAGGACAAUACCCCACUAGCUAUCAAGCCCCAUAUCCUAGUUACUAGUAGGAACAAUACAGUAUAACUAAGUCAUUCAGAAUAUUAAUAUAAUAAAGUACUGGAGUAGUGUAUUACAAUUGCUGUGAUAAUUUGGCGAAGUCCUAUUGUCAUUUGUGGUGGUCCAAAGUAAAUUUCCCCAAGGUCACAAUAUUUUCAUACUAUAUAAGUUGCGAAAAUUUCUUUCAUCACCGUGUAGAAAAAUGUAGUAAUAUAGAGAAUAAACAUGCCAUGUUUUUGCAAGCUUGGUUGGUAUAACGAACCUGAAACUGUCUAAAUUGGUGUUUGUUUUCAAUUUUAAAUUUAACCAAGAAUGUUUGUUGCCAUCUGUAAUGGGCAAAAACGUUGACUGUUUAAGCUCUCUCAUAGAUCAUGACUUGAACAUAUGAUAUAGCUUUUCAAGUAUUGAAAGAAACAUUUGUUAAUACAUAUGUAAUACUGUGGUAUCCAUACGGUGUUUCUUUGUGUUUUGUGCUAAUGAUUUGUUAAAUUAAUGAUAUGAAUAAUCUACCUCUAAGGCAUUGAUUAUGAAAACAAUGUGAACUAUAACGAACUACAGUAGCUUACGCAGUUGUCAUGUUAAUUUAAAGAAUGGUGAAUUAGAACUACGAUUAAUAGCUAUGGUAUAAUUAUGGGUAUUUUGCGAAGUUCACUAUAAAUACUUAUCAAUUUUUGUAUGCUUCUAUCACGUGUAGUAUUUUCUUCUAUGGAUUCCUCGCUCUGAAAUGAAGGCCUUGCUAGGUCUAACGACGUUUGCAAUUC